GAACGCCUCCCCAUCCGCUCCAAAUCCAGCUGCUCCUCUCUCCUCUCUCCUCUCAACCUCUCCUGGCAGGCAGGCCGCGAAGAUCCAAUCCAAAGAUAGCGCAACCGCAUCCCACUCCUCCCCUUAUUUGAGGUGCCAAGAAUCCAAUCCAUCCGCGAAAGCGAGCAAUUUGAUUUCUGAGACAGGCAGACAGAGAAGAGAAGCAUCGUAUCCAUGGCGGCGGUGAUGGUUGCGAGGCAGGGCCGUGAGCUGCAGCGCUACAGCGACAGCACGGGCGGUCGCAUCGUGGUGGGGUGCGUCCCCUACCGAGCCAGCGGCGGCGCCGGCGGCGAGGUGGAGGUGCUGGUGAUCAGCUCGCAGAAGAAGGGCCCCGCGGGGGGCGUGCUGAUCCCCAAGGGCGGGUGGGAGCUGGACGAAUCCAUGGACGAGGCGGCCCGGCGGGAGGCCGCGGAGGAGGCCGGCGUGGUCGGGGAGACGGGCCCGGCCCUGGGCCGGUGGUGCUACCGCAGCCGCAGCUACGACGCGACGUACGAGGGGUUCGUACUCCCGCUCCGCGUCACGGCGGAGCUCGACCGGUGGCCCGAGAUGGGCGCCCGCCGCAGGGAGUGGGUCUCCCCCGCCGAGGCCAUCGCGCGGUGCCACCACGCCUGGAUGCGCGAGGCGCUCCAGCGGUUCGCCGAUACCGUCAAGGCCUCGUCGGCGGCGGCGGCCACGGUGAAGGCCGCGGCGAUCCUCGGCUCCGCCCUGUAGGCAGGCGCGCGCGGGCUCGCUCUGGCGUCGCUCGCUCCGAGUCGUGCCGGCUCCUGGCCUCGCGCGUUUUUCGGCCGUUUCCCGCGCGCGCGCGGCGGGAGGCUCUGGGCUGCUCCGCCGUCGCCGGCGCCGGCCAGCGGAACGGGGAUGGGUAGAGAUGGGUGGAAUGCAAACAUUGUACUGUGACCAAAUCGAUGUCACAAGGACACGGGCUUGUACAUUCUUGGCUGGUUGGGGAAUUCAGAAACAUGUAGAUCUGACGUAGUUUACCAAACUCAUUGUGACACGGAGAAUGAAGAAACGGCAGCAAAGAUUUUCACCAAUCUGACUCGCUCGAUUACCGAA